CCCGCAGGGGCUCCCGGCGGAUAAGGGGCGGGGCUCGCAGCCCGCGGCCCGCAGCCCUGCGGGGUCAGACCCUGGACCCAGACGCCGUGUCGCCAGCCCGGGUGCCCAGUGGGGAGGGGCAGGGCCGGACCCCAGCGCAGCGCCCAGCCGCGGCGCCUCUCACCUGCCCGCCUGCGCCCCGCGCCCCCGCAGGAAGUGCGGGCCUCGGUGCAGAGAGGAGAAACUGCCGGAGGUCGGGGAGAAAAGAGUACGGAGGGGAGAGGCGGCGACCAGAGGGUGGGGAGCUACGGUUCCUGUCAUGUGACCCCCUCCCCUCGACUCUCUCGCAGCCCUGCCCGGCGUGGCGGGAGCCGGUCGGAGGACGGUCUCCUCCCGGGACUUGGUCUCUGGGCCCCAGGAUUUCUGUUCAACAUUGACCAUGCCAGGGCCAAGACUGUGAGGCUCCCUCAACAACCACCCCACAUCUCUCCCAGGAAGUGGCGCAUUGCUGCCCCAACUUCCACCCCACCGCAGAGAUGCAGAGGCAGUGGUCGGUGCAGGCCCCCGGGGAGCCAGAAGCCGAGCCAGGGGGCGAGGAGCUAUGGGAGCAGGAGAUGGCGCGUUUGUGCCUCUCCCCGCAGCCGGUGCGGGUGCUGCCCUACGCCAUGGCGGACAAGCGUUUUAUCCGGCAGCUGCGGGAACCCGAGGGGGUGAAGACCUCCUGCUGGCAGCAAUGGCGUCGCGGGCGGCAGACUGCGGGCCGGCGACUGGGGGAGGCAGUUCGGCGGCUGACCCGGGGCUGUGGGCUCUGGGAGGGGGCUCUCUACGAGAUCGGCGGCCUCUUUGGCACUGGAAUCCAGUCCUAUUUCACCUUCCUUCGCUUCCUGCUGCUACUUAACCUGCUGACCCUGCUUCUGACCAGCAGCUUCGUCCUGCUGCCCCUGGUCUGGCUCCGGCCCCCUGACCCAGGACCAGCUCUGAACUUCACUCUCCAGUGUCCUGGUAGUGGCCACCUACCCCAGACCGGUGUUUCCAAGUUCAACAAUCUACUCUGGAAUGUAUUUACCGGCAGGGCCUUCAACAACACGUAUCUCUUUUACGGAGCGUACCGGGCGGGGCCCGAGAGCAGCUCAGCAUACAGCAUCCGCCUGGCCUACCUCCUGAGCCCACUGGCCUGCCUGGUCCUCUGCUUCUGUGGGAUUCUGCGGCGGAUGGUGAAGGGGCUGCCACAGAAGAUGUUCCUGGGCCAGGACUACCGGUCGCCUCUCAGUGCCAAGGUCUUCUCGUCCUGGGACUUCUGCAUCCGGGGGCAGGAGGCCGCCACCAUCAAGAGGCAUGAGAUCAGCAAUGAAUUCAAGGUGGAGCUGGAGGAGGGGCGUCACUUGCUGCUGCUGCAGCAGCAGACCCGAGCUCAGAGGGCCUGCCACCUGCUCACCUACCUUCGGGUCAACGUCCUCAUCGGGCUCCUGGUGGUUGGAGCCAUCAGCGCUAUCUUCUGGGCCACCAAGUACUCGCAGGACAACAAGGAGGAGUCCUUGUUUCUGCUGCUCCAGUACCUGCCCCCUGGGGUCAUCGCCCUGGUCAACUUUCUGGGUCCCCUGCUGUUCGUUUUCCUGGUCCAGCUGGAGAACUACCCUCCCAACACUGAGGUCAACCUCACCCUUAUUUGGUGCGUGGUGCUCAAGCUGGCCAGCCUGGGAAUGUUCUCCUUCUCACUGGGCCAGACUGUGCUGUGCAUCGGAAGAAACAAGACCAGCUGUGAGUCCUACGGCUACAACGCCUGUGACUACCAGUGCUGGGAGAACUCCGUGGGGGAGGAGCUAUACAAACUCAGCAUCUUCAACUUUCUUCUCACGGUGGCCUUCGCCUUCCUUGUCAGCCUGCCUAGGAGGAUGUUGGUGGAGCGGUUCUCAGGCCGGUUCUGGGUUUGGCUGGACCGAGAGGAGUUCCUGGUGCCCAAGAACGUGUUGGACAUCGUGGAGGGGCAGACGGUCACCUGGAUGGGCCUCUUCUACUGCCCCCUGCUGCCCCUGCUCAACAGCGUCUUCAUCUUCCUCACCUUCUACAUCAAGAAGUACACCCUGCUGAGGAACUCCAGGGCGUCCCCUCGGCGAUUCCGCGCCUCCAGCUCCAUCUUCUUCUUCCAACUUGUGCUCCUCCUGGGCCUGCUCCUGGCCGCCGCACCCCUGGGCUAUGUGGUCAGCAGCAUCCGCUCCUCCUGGGACUGUGGCCUCUUCGCCAACUACUCGGCCCCCUGGCAGGUGGUCCCUGAGCUGGUGGCCCUCUGGCUCCCACUCUCCAGCCAGCGCAUCCUCCACUACCUGGGCUCCCACGCUUUCAGCUUCCCGCUCCUCAUCCUGCUCAGCCUUGCCCUGACCGUGUGCGUCUCCCAGUCCCAGGCCAGUGCCAGAGCCAUCCGGAGACUGCGGAAGCAGCUGGUGUGGCCACCAGCAGCUCCUCACAGGAGAGAGGAGAGUCGGCCAGCACACUGCGGGGAGGAGUACCGCCAGCUGGGGACCCUGGCGUCAGGCCCCUGCCUGUGGUAGAGACCUUGGCUGGCAGGGUGAGAGGUUGUUGCUGAGCCGGUGCCCCAGCUGCAGGCUGACUGCACCCUGCCGGACAGCAGGCCAGGCCUCCGGGCAGAGGUGUUCUGCGGGCAUCCUCGGGCAGCCCACCUACAGACUGGUCAGAAGGGACGGGCUCACCCACAUGCUGCAGAUUCCGAACCCAGGGGGAGUCUGCCAACUUCUCCUUCCCACCAAAGCAGACGUCGGACUAGUUCUGGUGCCAGGCUGAAAGUGACAUCGAUGUCCAGCACAGUCCCUUCACACUGGUACUCCCAGGUAAGAGGGCCCUGUGGUUUCUAGAAGGGCACCUGCCACUUCUGGUAGGUCAGUGGGAGGUGCCGAGAGCAGGGAAGGGUGCCCUGAUGCAGCCAUGCCUACCCUGGCCCGGCCUAACAUGGGCCCAGCCCAGCUGCCCCCUCCUUCACAGGAGAGCUGCACCAGGAGGCCACCUUUGUGCUGGUUGGUACCCUCAUCUCCAUCAUAGCCUUCUUUUCUUGGAAGCUGAUCUGGACCAAGCAAACCAGGUAGGAAAUGGGUGCUGGAUGUGGGGGAGGAGUGAGCUGCUGGUGGCCUGAGGGGACCCACUGGGGCCUUGGCUGGGCAGAGCUGGUGGGGGUUGGCAGGGCAGGGCUGCCACUGUGAUAGGGCAGGACCCUCUGGGGCCUUCCUGGGACAGACCCCUCUCCAAUCUCUACUCUGCUGUAGCUCCUCUCUGAAGUACCCACAUAACAGACAUAGGAAACCCACAUAAGUUACCCACAUAACCCACAUCUCAGACAGGGAUUUCUCGGGUGCUAAAACCCACCACCAAAUGGAAGCAAUUAAUUACUUGAUGACCACGGGCUCGUAACCCUGGCACCUUCUGGUGCCCAAGGGUUGAUAAUGCUAACCUGUGACACCAACCUGUUCCCUCAGCCUCACCAAUCAGAGAACUGAUCACAUACCCUCCUGAGAUGUUCUUCCUCCCCCUGGCCCAUAAUGUUUUGCCGGAACUCUUCAAGGAGUUCCUGGUUUGAGGCGGGGUCGGGGCUGGAGGUGGGGGGCAUGAGCCCCCCUCCUCCCUUCUCCUUGCAUGGCCCUGCAAUAAACCUUUCUUUGCUCCAAACUCCGACAUUUUGGUUUCUUUGGCCUCGCGGUGUGUUGGGCAGAGGUAACACCAUCAGGGCAACGAAAGGGCCAUAUUGCUUAGGCAUGACUUGCAAAAGCUUACUAAGGGCCAAGCGUGUGUCAAGUGCCCAUGAAGCGCAUUGGUGGCUUUAUCUGACCCUGAUCCUGCUCUAGCCACCUUCCUGUGGGGUCUACUGACUCUGGUGGGGGCACUCUCCCAUGUUGCCAACCAUCUGAGGAGGAUGAGGCCACCCAGGACCAGGGUGGGCCAGGGGCUUCUACCCUCCAUGGGAACCCUGUCCAUCUUUCCAGCUGGUGACUGGAGACAGGGGCUGGAUUUCCUGGGGUCCCCUCUCCAAGGCCAUGACUUCACUGACUUGUAAAGUUGUUGCAGGAAGGGGGACCCCUUCCAGGGCCCGAGGGUGGGCUCUUGUCUAACACUUGGAAAUAAACUGUCCAAGGAGACACACGUGCUGACAAAGCAAGAGACUUUGUUGGGAAGGGGCGCCCGGGCAGAGAGCAGCAGGACGAGGGAACCCAGGAGGACUGCUCUGCCGCCGGGCUCACAGUCUCGGGUUUUAUAGGGAUGGGGUUUGUUUCUGGGUUGUGGCUGGCUAAUCUCUCUGACUCAGAGUCCUUCCUGGUGGCAUGUGGGUCACUCAGCCAAGAUGGACACCAGCGAGAAGGAUGCUGGGAGGUUGGUAGGACAUAUGGAUCAUCUCCUUUCUACUUUCGACCUUUCCUGAAUUCUUUGGGUCGGCGGUGACUUGUUAGCUUGGCAUUCCUUACCAGGACUCCUGUUGUAAGAAAACCCACAUAAACGACCUUUGUGCUGCCCAACCCCAGGCGCUGCAGGUCUGUGCGCUCCACCUGCCUGGCGUUUGGCAGUGGUCAGCUCUGCCUCCUGAACUUGUCACCUCCCAUGGUUACUAAGACACUGCUGUCCCUCCUCCCCACUCCUGUGUCAGCGAGCCUGUCACCCUAGAAUCACACCCCUGCCCCUCCGUCGAACAGAAACCAACUACUCUUAUCUAAGUUUCAGGAGGAAGCGGCAAAGAAAAAAAAGAACCAGUUAACACCAACAAGACCCAAGAUGGCAGAGGAUUAGACUUCCAAUGGAUCUAGAGCUUAUUAUACACUCUAUACAUUAACUAGAAGACAUACCCACCCGCGCUAGGAUGGUUGACAAUCACCAUGACGAUAACUGGAAAAGCCCCCACAAGGACUGAAAAGGAGAGCUGCACCAGUUUCAGGUCCAAACCACACCCCUGUUCUUGGAUAAAGUGUUCCUCUUGCUCUUCCAAACCCUCCCUUUUACUCCAACCCUCCUAUAUAUUUAGUGUCUCCAUCUGAAUUGGCUUGAAUUGAUUUACAAACUAGGUUCCCACUUCAGUCUUUGGCCACUGAAUAAAGCUAGUGCUGUUCCAGUCACAGCAUUGGUUUUGUUAGUGUCUGUGCAAACCUAAUCAGAAAAAGAAGCUUCCUGACUGAGAUCAGGGGGUCUCAGCCCGGGCUAGGACCCCCAGUGCUGACCUAGUCGACCAAUUUGGUAAUACCCAGCCAGCGUCUUCAGCUUUCUCCAGAAGUCUGUCCUUGAAACUCUCCUUGUCUUACCUCCAAGUUUCCUCUUCCCAAAUCUGUGCUUUACAGACGCCAGGCUCAUGGGUGGGCCAUGUUGGCUCUCUGAGCCUGUUUCCCCUUUUAUAACAUGGGGUGUAGAGACCAGCGGCCAGUGCUUACUUUCCAGGUGAUUCAGUGCCCCCUUUAUUUAGUGGGGUGACUAAGCCUCCUGCCCCUCCUCCUGCCCACAGCACUGAUGCACUUGGCACCAAUAAAAUUCCUGGAGGCCUUGGGAAGGGGGUGGC